ACCAAUGAAUGAGCACGUACUGGUCGUAUGAACAACCGGAGGUGAAUAACGUGAUCAGUACAGUGUGUUUACAUUGUGUCGCCAGAAAGCAAGAAAAAACGGUAAACUUGAAAUAGCCCAGAUUCACAACGAGACCAAGAGGAUCUCUCCAUUCAACACCUCCAAAAUGAGACUGGUGAUCCUGGAGGACUAUGACCUGGCCAGUGAAUGGGCAGCCAAAUACAUCCGCAACAGAAUCAUCCAGUUCAAGCCCAGUGCUGACAGAUACUUCACUUUAGGAUUACCCACAGGAAGCACUCCGUUUGGCUGUUACAAAAAGUUGAUAGAGUUUCACAAGAAUGGGGACCUCUCUUUCAAAUAUGUGAAGACCUUCAACAUGGAUGAGUAUGUGGGCCUGCCCCGGGCCCACCCAGAGAGCUACCACUCCUACAUGUGGAACAACUUCUUCAAGCACAUUGACAUUGAUCCAGCUAAUGCCAGUAUCCUGGAUGGCAAUAUCACUGACCUGGAAGCAGAGUGUGAGGCCUUUGAGAAGAAGAUCACCCAGGCUGGGGGAAUCGACUUGUUUGUGGGAGGUAUUGGACCAGACGGCCACAUUGCCUUCAAUGAGCCAGGCUCCAGUCUAGUCUCCAGGACCAGAGUGAAGACUUUAGCAAAGGACACCAUCGUAGCGAAUGCCCGUUUCUUUGGCAACGACCUGUCAAAGGUCCCCACCAUGGCCUUGACUGUGGGUGUGGGGACAGUCAUGGAUGCCCGAGAGGUUAUGAUUCUUAUCACUGGAGCCCACAAAGCCUUUGCCCUGUACAAAGCAAUAGAGGAGGGGGUCAACCACAUGUGGACCGUCUCAGCCUUCCAGCAGCACCCACGCACCAUCUUUGUGUGUGACGAGGACGCCACACUGGAGCUCAGAGUCAAAACAGUCAAGUACUUCAAAGGUUUGAUGCAUGUUCACAACCGACUGGUGGAUCCAGUACUCAGCAUAAAGGACCAAUAAUGGAGAAUAAAACCAAGUCAGAGAAUUCCAGACCUCAAAAUGGUGGAUGGACCCAGUUGUUGGUAGGCUACAACCAGCAUGCCAAUGUGCCAGAGAGAUUGUUUGUCAGCACUUCAGUUGAGGGGCUGUGGUUUAAGGCUGCCAUAACAACUAACCAAGCAUUACAGUGCAUGAGAUUUGCUCAGUUUGUUACAUUGCAUUAGGAUACUAUGAAGGCUAACUGUAAAUGCCCCCUCAGCUGAUAUGUUAAAGAUGCCAUGAAUUCUCAUAUACAACUGUUACCAAUAUAUUAUGAGGUCAGAAUCUUUGCAGUAUUAGUCUCAAACAGAUUUAUUUGCCUUCUCGACUACUCUUCUUUCUUCCAUCUGCACAAUCUAGAGACGGGAUGGAUGAAAGCAAAAUGUUUAGACCAGCUUAGAUGAAAUAAAUCCAGUUUGGGUUGUUGAGACCUGUUUAACAGGGAAACAUACAACACUAUAGUUCCUUUACACUCCAUUCCAUGUCAUUUGUAGCUUUGAACGCUCCGUAGGUUUGUUUACCUGACAGUCAGUUAUACUUUUCAAGUCGCCACUGCAGUGAUUUACACUCAAUAUACCUUCUUUUGUAUCCGAAAUGUCAUUCUUGGCCAUGUUGUAUGCUCUCACAAGAUUGUAUCGGCAAUCAUUUGAUGUCAAGGCAUCAUGUUAACUUUUCAAACAUCUCUAAUCAGUCAUUAAUUUACCUUUUUGUUGUUAUUUUGUAGAACAUUCUACCAGAACAAGUAUGUUUUCAUUUCAAUGUAACUCAAUUUUUCCCAACUACUGGGCUUACAAGAUUACUGAGUCUUUUAGAAAUUAAUUGUGCACAUAAUGUACUGUAACUCAUAAAAAUGCUUCAUACCGGC